GCUCGCUAUAUAGUCGCCGCCGCCGCCGCCGCCCGAUCGUCUGUGCGCGUGUGCGUGUGUCGUGUGUGCGUGCGAGCGUAGCCGUUGCGCCGGCAGAGCGAAAGAGACGCGAGAACGAGAGAAGGAGCGAAUGAGUGAGACAGAGCGUGGGUGAGCGAGAUAGAGUGAACGCUCGAGCGCCGCCGCCGCCGCCGCCGCCGCCGUCUCAGUGUGUGUGUGUGUGCGUGCGUCGCCGGAGUGACUAUUCGCCGGCCGGCCGCCCUCAGUUACGCGCGCGUAUAGAUAAUAAUAAUAAUAAUAAUAAUAAUAAUAAUAACAAUAGUUAUAAUAUAUUUUUUUCCGAAUACCUAUCACUAAUAAUUGUUUUAUAUAUUAUUAUCAAUCUGUUGUAAUUAUUUUUUUCUGCUCAUAUUCCUCCUCAUUUUCGGUCGUAACGACAACCGUUGUCUCGCCGUCACUGCCGCCACUGCCAUCACGGGAUGCGAUAAUAUAGAGUUAAUAUAACAAUACUAUUUCCGCCGCCGUCGUCCCGUGUCGCUGCCCGAUCGGUCAACCGCCCGACUGCUGUCGUCCUGGUUUUAUGCGACUAGGCAUAACCCCGUCACUGCCGCCAUCACAGUCAACGUUUCCAUUUUCAGCCAUCACGUGUGUCUCGGCCCAUUCCACGUGCGACGACAACGGUCUACUGCGACGCGUUACAGCUUCGUAAUAAGAUAGCAAUUGCCAAGCGGUGGUGUCGUUGGUAACGGCGACGGCGGCGGCGGCGGCGGCGGCGGCGACGGCGACGGCGACGGUGGUGGCAACAACGACUGACUUUUACUCUUGUCCCUACCGGACGCUGACCGUCUUCUGCUGCUGGAGCUGCCGGCCGGUGGUGUUGACGUCGUCGUCGUCGUCGUCGUCAUCGUUGCCAUCGUCGUCAUCGUUGUUUUUGUUGUCGUUGUUGUUGUUGUUGUGCACUUUCGCCACCUCCACCGCCGUCGUAGCUUUCGCCGUCACUUAAUCGGGUCCGUCACACCGACUACUCACACCACGUGCCGAAGUGAUGCAACAACAAUGCGGUUUUUGCGCCGCGGUGUCCGACCUUUUCCGGAGGAUAAUGUGCUUUAACGGCAGUAGGAGGGGCAGCGAUCAGUCGUACUAUCACGAGCUGGACAACGAUGACCCUCAGAUUGCACUAGUAACUGCUGAUCCCACGAAUGUAUCGGCUCAUUCUCCAGAUGUGAUUUACAUUCGACUCAGAGACGACUCGCCCACGGAUGACCGGUGCAGAAGACGGUCACGGUUGCUUUCCGAGGGUGAGGUGGUGCUACUCGAGUCGGUAGCCCAUCACGGUAAACGGUUACCCAACGGCCGGUUUCUAACCAUGCACAAACGUAGGCGGAAAAAGCUCACCACCCGAUCCUUGUCCAACGAGAAUGCGCCGGCGCUAUUGGACGACAUUCACCACGGCCAAGUCCAGUGUGUACUCAAGCACGUCUGGAAAUGGCCAUUCAACGCUUUUGCAUUAGACACAGCUACAGGGGGAAGAUCACUUCCAGUACUUUGUGUUCAUCUUUUCCAUUGGUAUGGUCUAAUGGAACACUUCAAGUUGGACGUGGUCCAAGUUUGGAAACUCUUUAGUCUCAUAGAAGAAGGGUACCAUAGCACCAACCCGUAUCACAAUGCUAUCCACGCUACCGACGUGACCCAGGCAAUGCAUUGUUUCCUGCAAGAAGACAAGAUCAAGAACUUCUUGACACCGCUUGAAAUCAUGGCAUCUCUUAUAGCAGCUGUUGCUCACGAUCUUGACCAUCCCGGUGUUAAUCAACCGUUUCUAAUUGCGACCAGUAAUCACUUAGCCACUUUAUACGAGAACACUUCGGUACUUGAGAAUCACCACUGGAGGUCGGCGAUUGGCUGUCUGCUCGAAAGCCACGUAGCUGAGAAACUAAGUCCAAUAAGACAAGACCUUGAGUCUCAAAUAAGUUCACUCAUUUUGGCCACAGAUAUUACUAGGCAACCAGAAUUUUUAAAGAAAUUCAAUAACUAUCUGGAAAAUGACGAGUUGGACAUGAAGGACCCGGAUUUGCGGCACUUUAUAUUACAGAUAGCACUUAAGUGUGCUGACAUAUCGAAUCCAUGUAGGCCGUGGGACGUGAGUCGCAAAUGGAGUCUGAAGGUGUGCGACGAAUUUUUCAGGCAGGGCGAUUACGAAAGGCAGUUGGGAUUGCCAGUCACUGAUAUCUGUGAUCGAUACAACAAUACGGUGCCAAAAAUUCAAACCGUAUUUUUCAAGUUCAUGGUGUUGCCGCUUUUCAAUCUAUGGCACAAGUUUUUGGACACCAAGUUAUCGCACUCGAUGAUGGAAAACCUGAGAAAGAACCAACAGCAGUGGGAAGAGCUCCGGGAACGCGAGAACUCCGUCGAGCAGCAGCUGAUUGCGGACGCCGACGACAUGAUGCUGGAACCGGAAAACGAACCGGAUACGCCACAGCAACAGCAGCAGAAUCGCCGGGGCUCGCUUCCGGCCGUCAUGCUAGAGACCGUGGACAAGAUGGGCCGUCGGCACUCAGUGCCCCUGAACCUGGCCCGGGUCACCACCGGCCACGCGUUGCCGUGUACGAUAUUGCGCCGUGAGAGUUUGCAGGGCGCGGUGCCCUCGACGCUGCUGGUGCAGGCGGAAAACCGGCGGCGGUUCACGCUCGGCCAGAUCCCGUAUCUAGAGGAGGAGGAGGAGGGGCUGAGCAUGUCGGUGGGCUCGUCGAGGAGCAGUGGGCUGCAGCGGUCGUCAGACGGCGGCGGUUGCGGCGGCGGCAGCAGUAACAUGAGCAACAUGGACGACCGGCCAGUGAGCGCCGAGAACCUGAUACCCGAACCGAGCAUAGCGACCAUUACGAACACGGCCGACGCCAGCCGACUGUGCAACGUCAUACACGGCGUCACGUCGCCGGUGCUCGGGUACCAGGCCGGAAGCUCCAGGGGCCUGACCAGGCAGCAGACGUUCCCGCCCAUCCAGCCGUACGUCCGCGCCCGGUACCUGUCCACCGGCGGCGACACCGCGGCGCCGUGUUCGUCGUCCAGCGGCGGCACGUCGGCCGUGUCCACGGCGUCCAGCCGGACCGGUUCGACCAGCAGCGAGGGCUGUCAGUCGACCGGCGGUGGCGGUAGCCCCGGCCCCGGCGGAAACGGCACGAAACGCGACUUGAUCCUGGACACGGACCGGGCGUUUAAGUUGGCCAGGUUUUCGUCCAACAAGGAGAAGGAAAACGUCGAUCCGGCAGCGAGGACCAACGCGGAAAUCAGGCGAAACAGCAAUCACGUGAACCAGAUUUUGACGAGACGCCGAGGUUCAGCACCGGUCGGCGCUGGAAAUGGUGAUGGUACUGGGCACAUAGCAGCUAGUAAAGGUCAAGAAGUAACUAUUCCCAGACGCGGGUCUGUGCCGUCAGAUUUUUCCAAACAGAGUACCCUUUUUAAGGUGGUGGCCACAGGGCCACUAAGCACAAAUAGCCGGAAGCAAGGCGCGAGACGUUCGUCGCUACCGUAUGAUUCCAAUAUUGGAUUAUCGAGCUCGCCUCUUGUUUCUCCUUCCCGGCCAGAGAGAAGAGGUUCAGACGGAAGCCGGCCGGGUAGCCGAAGACGUCGCAGAAAGUCAAUGAAGCGACGGAGCUCUGGUGGACCGGACGUAUUGCUGUCCACCGGCCAGUCGAUGGAUUCGUUCUUGGCGCACCGUCGCGGUUCCUUGCCCGUCGAAAUACUUGCCACGUCCUUCUCGGGGCCACAUUGAGAAAAUUGAUCAUCAAAUUUUCGCAUCGUAGACUGACAAAAUUAUAUUUGGACGAUAAAUAUGCAAGUCGGCGGUUACGAUGAUAUUUGCACGAAAUCCUCAAUACAUUGUAUUAUGACCCACAUAAUACACUAAUUAUUGACAAACGGAGCGUAAAUAUUUUAUGGUCUUCCUAGCGCAGUAUUCUUAAACAAAAAAAAAAAACAAAAAAAAUCAAAAAAAAAAACAAUAAUGGAAUCUAUUAAUUUAUUUA